AAGAUACAUUUCUUUCACUAAGAAAUAAUCUGAACAAAUAUUGUCCUAAAAUGGUCAUCUCUGGGUCAUUUAGAUUUUCCCUAUCUUAUGAUUUUUUUCCAGAUUAAUCAUGGUGAAAAUUUCCAAGCUAACUAAUUUGUAAACUGGUAAAUGGAAAGUGAAAGUUAUCAGUCAUUAGUUCAUGUUACUAUGACUCUUGUGCAUCUUGUAGGCAGUCUGAGUGCUGGGCAUUUAGGAGCUUUUGAACGCACACCCUGGUGGAGCCUUGGGAGGCAGGGACAGGGUCCUGGCCCUCAGGUCCCCUUGAGAGCCAGGCCCUCCAGAGUACCUCCCUGUCCUUCUGUCUUGUUUCUUCACUCACGCUGGGGCACGCACUGGGAAAAGGAAACCGAAACUGAAGGCGACCAGCCACUGGUGUGGGCUGUGGGAGGCUCCGCCCUCUGACGUGUGUAGCUGAGACUCAUAAAUGGCCUGUGGAGCAGCUGGAGGGGAGAGGAAGCCCACUCCUGAGCACUGGAGGUGGACCGAGCACUGGAGACUCCGGCCAUGGGCUGGAACCUGAAGGUGAAGAUGCUGGGGGGCCAGGAGCUCCCGGUGCCCCUGAGUGACUCCGCGAUGCUGUCGGAACUGAAGCAGCAGAUUUUCCAGAAGAUCGGCGUGCCUGCCUUCCAGCAGCACCUGGCCCUGCCCAGUGGCCCCGUGCUGCAGGACAGGGUCCCUCUCACCAGCCAGGGCUUGGCCUCUGGCAGCACAGUCCUGCUGAUGGUGCAGAACUGUGACAGCCCCCUGAGCAUCCUGGUGAGGAACGACAAGGGCCGCACCAGACCCUACAGCAUCAGGCUGACGCAGAAGGUGGCCGAGCUCAAGCAGCAGGUUGCCCAGCAGGAGCACAUCCAGGAAGAUCUGUUCUGGCUGAGCUUCGAGGGGAGGCCCAUGGAAGAGCCGCAGCUGCUGGGGGAGUAUGGACUCGCCCCUCAGAGCACUGUGUUUCUGAACCUGCGCCUGCGCGGGGGCGGGGCCUAGAAGACCGCGGAGCCCCAACCGGGAUCAAGUGCUAGGAAUAAAGAUGAUGUAAAGGAUAAA